CAGCCCACGAAAUUAACAAACGGCCCAAACAAUUUACAGCCGUCCGAUCUCCAUUUAUUUCCUGUUCUCGUUAUCACCAUCCGUCAGAUUCUCUCUCUCCCUUCAUUGUCUGGCUCUAUUUGUUUAUGUACACACAAUUUUUUUAACGAAUCUUUCAUUUUCCCCCCUUAUCUUCUUCUUCUUCCCGCUUCCAUUUUCGGGGUUUUGCUUUAUUUCGCCAUUUAAAUGCGAUCUGGUUUCUCCCUCUAGUUUCCAUACCUUUUUAGUAGUAGUUUCUCAGGCGCUACCGAUCAUGGAUCUGACUGAACAAACGAGAUCGGAGUCGGAGGAGAGCAAUGCGAGUAGCCAUGUCAAGAGCUGCAGCGAUUGUAAAACCACCAGAACGCCGCUCUGGAGAGGCGGCCCGCGGGGCCCUAAGUCGCUCUGUAACGCGUGCGGGAUCAAGUACAACAAGAAGAGGAGGCAGAUGCUCGGUCUGGACCGGGGGAGGGAGGAGAGAAGGAAGAAGCGGAUGCGAGGCGGCGGCGAAGGAGGCGUUGCAACCAGAGGAAGCGCCGGCGGGAGCACGGAGUCGCUGAGGACGAUGUGGAUGGCGCUGAAAGGAGAGUCGGCGAUCCGGCGAUCGGAAAAGCUGUUGAGUCAGUUGAGGGAGGAGGAACAGGCGGCGAUACUUUUGCUGGCCCUGUCUUACAGCUCCGUUUACGCUUAGACCCGACCCGGCCCGGCCCAGAAACAAAUUUUACCGUUGCGGUGAAACAGGUUGAAACCCUAAAGCCCCGAUCGCCGCAUUGGGCGGUUUUUACCGCCGUAAAAUCCCUCUAGGUGUAGGAUUUGCUAAUCCAUUGUUAACCUCUAGCUAAUUCUGAUUGUUACAAACAAUAAAUGAAAAGGCUAUGGAAAUAUGGAAUUGUACUGUAUGGUAUUAACCG